AUGUUUGAAGCGGUUAUAGCUGCAUUACUAAAAGGUUAUGUUGCCCGCUAUGUCGAUAUAAAUGCUGAUCAAUUGUCUGUGCAAUUGCUUUAUGGUCGACCGAUUGUGGUGGAAAAUUUAACAUUUAACAAAACAACACUUAAUAAUGAUAUUCGAAAAAAAUUAAAAUUACCGAUUGAAAUUGAAUCCUUACAUGUUGGUAAAAUUCAAUGUUCAUUUGUAUGGAGUUCAUUAUUUUUUCGUUCAUCAUCACCAGCAUUAACUAUUCUAGUUGAACAUGUUCGUGCUAUAAUAAAACCAAUUAUUCUUGAUGAUAAUGAAAAUCAAACAGAAGAAUUUGUUGAAGAAAAUGAAAUAGUUAAAAAACGAAAUCAUUUAGAUUUAUCUGAACAACAAUUAGAAAAAGAAUUUGAAUAUCUCGGUGAAGUUAAAUCAUCAUCAUGGAGUUUAAAACGUUUAAUAUUAUCGUUUUUAGAAAAACUUCAAGUACAUAUUAUUGAUGUACAUAUUAGUUAUGAAAGUUUUACAUCUGAUAAUAAUCCAUAUACAGUUGGAUUAUCAUUUGAUAAUAUUCAAAUAUCAAAUGAAUUAUCAAAUGAAAAUAUGAAUAGAAAAAUAUUUCAAAUACAUAAUCUUGCACUUUAUAUUGAUUCAAAUACAAAUAAAGAUAAUUCAUCAAAUCAUUCAUAUAUUCUUAUACCUUCAAAUUCAAUAAAAAUUUAUUUAACACAUAAUUAUAUACGUUCAGCAUUAAUUAAUCGACAACAACCACGUUAUGAACUUGAAUGGACAUUUAAUGAUUUAAGUUUAAAAUCAAGUAUUGAACAAAUACGUAUCUUGUCAGAUGUUAUACGUUUUAUUCAUUAUGCAAAUACACAUAGAAAAUUUAUUAAUGAUCCAAGUAGACCAAAUAAAAAAAUAUCAAAAGAUUCAGCAAAAUUAUGGUGGCGUUAUAUAACAUUAGUUAUAAUACGUACACAAAAUUAUUUAAAGAUUCCUGUAUCAAAUGAACAAACACAUACAACAGCAAGUUUUUGGUUUAAUCCAAUUUUAUUAAAUAAACGUUUAAAACAAUUAUUAACAUAUAAACGUUUAUAUCGUUUAUAUCUUGAUAAUAAAUAUUUAAAACGUACAACAACUAGUUCUUUUACUUCAACAGAUCGUUCAACUCUGAACGAAAUUGAAAUGGAAUUUGAUUUUGAUUGUUUAAUUAAAAUUCGUCGAGUUAUAUUUCGUAAACGUGCUAAUGAACAAUUUUCUUUAGUUAAUAAAAAUCAACCACAAUCAACAAAUAUUGAAUCAACAAGUUCAUGGUAUAUGAGUUACGCAAAAUGGAUUAGUUCAAAAACAGUUGAUUUAUGGAAAACAACAACACCAACAGAUAUUAAUCAAGCAAUUAUUUCAACUACAACACCAAACAUACCAUUAAAUGAGAAUGAUAAAAAAGUACAAGAACAAGUUAAUACAUUUAUAGCACAAUCAUUAGAAGAUGAAGAUUUAUCACAAAAUCGUCGUGAUGCUUUAUAUUUACGUUUAAAAUUUGUUGUGAAAUCUGUACAAAUUGAUUUAUUAUCUCUUAGUGAUAUUAUUUUUCAUUUUUCAUUAAAUAAUGUAUCAGUAUUAACAGAAUUAAGACCAAGACAUCAAUCUGUACUUUUUUAUUUACGAUUAGAUGAUUUAAAUAUAUGUGAUCGUUUAAGAACAGAUGCAUUUUCAAAUAUUGUUUGUCCUAAACAAAGAUCAAACGAAACACCGAUUGGUGCACAACGUGCUCCAGUCGUUGAAUUUUCAUAUGAAACAAAUCCUCCAGCACAACAACCAAAAACCAAACGUCUUUCAUUUGCACUCGCUGUUCGUAGUCGUGGUCUUUGUUUUGUUUGCUGUCCAAUAUCUUUCGAACGCUUACGCAACUUUUUUUCAUCAGCAUUUAUUGAACCAACAUCAACUCCAUUAUCAUCAUCAUCAUCAUCAUCAUCACCAACAAUUCUUCAGCAUUGGACACAUUUAAAAGAUCGUACAACAAAACAAUUAAAAUCAGCAUUUGAACAAAUAUUUUCUCGUACAAUGACGAAAAUGUCUUCAUCAAACGUAAAAAAUAUCAAGCAAGGUCAAAGACGUUUUAAAAAAAAAUUUGAUAUCUAUCUUGAUAUUUGUGCACCACAAAUGAUUAUUCCACAAUCAUCACAUCGUGCAUUAAUUAUUGAUUUUGGUUAUUUAACAUUUAUUAAUGAUGAAUAUAAAACAUCAACAUGUCCAUUGAAAAAUUGUAAUAUGCAUAAUAAUAAUGAUUCAAAUUCUCCAUCAUCAAUAACAAAUUAUUUUCAAAAACGUCCAUACUUUUUUAAUGAACAACCAUCAUUAAUAAUCACUGACGAUGAUGAUGAAGAAUUUGUAACACCGGAUAGUUCACCAUUAGCAAACGAUAAUUCACUUGAAAUAGAAACAACAAAUUAUCCUAUUAAUGUCAUUUCAAGAGAACAAAGUAUAUCACCAAUAAAUAAUAAUGAAAAUUUAAUAUAUACAUUAUUUUCAUUAUCAUUAUGUGAUAUGCAAUUAGGUUAUUUAACAUAUACAAAUAAUCAAUCAAAAGAUAAUUUAUCAUCAAUUAUUGAAAAAUUUGGUGUUUGUUUUUUAAUACAAUAUCGGACAGAACAAACCUAUGAUUUAUUAUGGCCAUUAAUAAAAGUUUCAGGUACAUUACCAAAAAUAAUUCUACAUCUUGAUCCAUUACGUAUUGAAACAUUAUGUGGUACAAUUAAUAAUUGGGGUUCAUUUAUUGAAAAUUUAACAUCAUCAAUUGUAUCAAAUAAAACUGAUAUAACAAAUAAUAAAAACUCGAACGAUGAUUUAAGUGCACGUUUAGCACUUGGUUUUUCUAUUAAUGAAAUAAGUAUACAAUUAAGUGAUGAAUUACGUGCAUUAUCAGAAAUACGUAUACAAAAUAUUGAUUUAACAUUAAUGAAUUAUAUUUAUUCAAAUAUAUUAUCAUUUAGUGUUCAUACAUUAAUGAUUGUUGAUGCUAUACAAAAUCAUGGUAAAGAUUACGAAUUAUUAUUAACAAGUAAUCGUGCAUUAGAUAUAAAUACUCAAACAGGUACAUUAUAUGAAUCAAAUAAAUUAUCAAUAGAUACUGAUAAUGAAUACUUAAUACGUAUUAAUAUACAAUCAAUAAAAGAUAUAGAUAAAAAUGAAAAUUGUUUAACUAUUGAUAUACAUGUUAAUAAAUUACAUUUUGUAUUUAAUCCUGAAACAUUAUCAAUAUUAAUUAAUUUUAUUGUUAAUAUAAUUUAUUCAACGAAAAAUAUAUUUCGAGAAAAUUUUAAAGAAGAAAAUAAAAUAAAAUCAACUAUUGAAAAACAACAUCCAACUAAAUUUCAAAUCAAUAGUGAAUUUCAAGAAUUAAGUAUUUUAUUUACAAAUGUUUUAACAAAAAAAUCAUCUGAGAAUAGAUUUAUUGGUAGUAAACUUGAAAAAAUAGCUGCAGCUAGAAUUAAAUAUGCAUCAUUAAAUAUAUUUAUUGAAUCAUCAACAUUAGUAGAAGCCGAAAUAUGUUCAUUACAAAUAUUUAAUCUUUUACAUGAUUCAUUAUUAUUAACAUAUAAUGAAGAAUCAAGUGCUAUUAUUAAUCUUGGUAUUGACGAAAAAAAUUCUGAUAUAAAAAAUAUUGAUCAUGACGAAAUUUUACCUAGUAAAGCGUUUCAUCUUUUAUAUACAAAAUCGAAAGAUGAUACAAAUGAUAGUAGUGAUAAUGAAAUUGAAGAUUUAUUAAUUGAAAUGGCAUCUGUUUGUUAUACACAUUCACCGAAAAUUAUUUUUAAAAUUGAAAAAAUUUUUAAUUAUAUGGCUCAACAUUGUCAUUCAACAGCAGCUAUUGAAAUGGAAAAAAUGAAACAAAAUAUGAUUAAACAAGGAUCAAUCUUACUUAAUCAAUAUGUUCUUUCAACUGAAUCCGUACUUCCAACAGAAAAACCAACACGUCAAUUAAAUUUAAAUAUUGUUCUUGCUACUCCAAUUCUAAUAUUUCGUCCUCAAUCAAAAUUACUUUUUACAAAUGAUCGUCUUGUUUUUCAUCUUGGUGAUAUUCAUAUUGAAAAUUCUGAAAAUCAUUCAUCAAAUUAUGAAAUUAAAAUUAAUGAUUUACAUUUAUUUUCUAUUGAUCUUGAACAUGAAUAUCGUCAUAAUCAAGGAACAAGUUUAAUACGUAUGUAUAAAAAUCCUCAUUUAUCAUUACCUAUACUUGAUAAUUUAUCAAUACAUCUUAAUCUUAAUUUAACUGAUACAUCAACAACAAUUGAUUCAAAAUUAGUUUCAUCUGUACAAAUGUUUCUUGGUAAACAUCAAAUAACACUUUUACAAAAUAUAAUUAGUUCAUUAACUUAUAAUGAAAAUGAUCAAAGUGACACAUUAAUUACAAAUCUAUCCGAUGAUGAAUCAUUAUUAUUAUUAUAUGAUCAAGAAGAAAAUAAUUUUUCAUUAAAUGAUCAAUCUUCACAAACACAAUUUAAUACAUUUGCAAUACAUUUUCAAUUACCUGAAUUAAUACUUGUUUUUCAAGCUGAUUUAGAUUUAAAACCAACUAAAGUAUGUGAAGCUAUAUUUGGACAAUUUCAAAUGACUAUUGAACAACGACAUCAAUUCUGUAAAAAUAUUUCACUUCGUCUUAAUUCACUUCAUAUUAAUGAUCAUUUGAUUAAAGCUGAUCAAUGUCUUUUUUCAACACGUUGUCGAAAAAAUUCCAUAUCAAAUUAUUUUUCAAAUGAUCAAAAAAUUUCAUCAUCAUUUCCAACGGAAAAUUAUGACAUACAUAAACAAUUUUCUUCAAAUUCAGUACCAACAUAUAUGGUUACAAAUGAUAGUUCAACAUGGACAUUAAAAUCAUCAUCAUCUUCUUCUUCAAUGAUAACAACAUCAUCAUCAACACCAGCAUUUAUUGAUAUUAAUAUUACAUUAAUGGAUAAAAGACAUGAACUAUUUGAUGGAUUUAAUAUAAAAGCUGAUGCACAAUUUGGAGAAGUUGACAUUAAAUUUAUUAUUUCAACAUGGGUUAUGUUAUUUGAUAUUAUUGGUUUAAUUGGAGGAACUUCUUCGUCUGCAAUGACAGGCAAAGCAAUGAUAUUUCAACCGUAUCUUACAUUAAAUGAAAAAAUUCGAUUAAUUAAUGAUCACAAUAGUGGUGAUAAUUCAUUAAAAUACAUUCGAGAAAAUAAAGAAUUUACUUCAACAUCAGAUACUGAUUCAAUGCAAAUAAAUAUUCAUAUCGAUGCAGUAGCAUGUUUACUUGAAGAUGAUCAUAUUCCUCCUAUACGUAUUUCUUUACAACGUUUCGAUUGUCGUAUUGAAAAUUUUCUUACAAUCGAAAAAGCACUCAAAAAUCUUACUGUUAAUGGUAAACUUGGAUCAGUUUCAAUUCAUGAUUUAUCAUCAUUUGGUGCAUUAUAUGAAGAACGUUUUUGUACAAGUGGCACAAAUGCUCUUGUAUUUACAUAUACAAAACAAGAAGAUCUUAUACCAAUAAGUUCAUCAAAUUUUCCAUCACGUUUACAACUUUAUUUACGUAUGACAUCUGUACAAUAUAUUCAUACUCAACGUUUUUUAAUGGAUCUUAUUCAUUUUUUUGAUCGUUUUCAUAAUAAUCAAGAAUGUUAUAAUCGAAUAAGAUCAGCAGCAGCUGGACAAAUCAUAUCCUGUUCAGCUGGACGAGCAACUGGUAUUGAACUUGAUAUUGAAGCUGAAAGUCCAAUACUUAUAUUACCUGAAUAUGCUUUAAAUAAACAUGUUAUUAUUCUUCAUCUUGGUAAUGUGAUAAUAAAAAAUCGUUUUCUUUAUGAAAAUGAACCUGGUACAUUAAGUUCAAUAAUGAAUAGACCAAAAAAUUCAAAAUGUUUACUUGAUGUUAUAUCAAUACAAUUUCAAGAUACAUUACUUUAUUCAGGUAUAUAUUCAAAAUUAGAUCCAAAUAUAAAAUUUACUGUAAAAUUUUCAACGUUUGGUUUUCAUACAAUAAAUAAUGAUUUAUCAUCAAUGUUACGUGAACGUUGUUAUUUAAAUAUACAUAUUGAACGUAAUCUUGAUAGUUCAUUAAAUCAUUCAUCACCAACAUAUAGUGUUAAAGCUGAUUUAUCAUCUAUAGAUAUUCUUGUUGAUACAUAUCAAUAUUCUCUUGUACGUAGUAUACUUGCAUAUAAUAUAGGUGAACAAUUAGAACAACCAACACGUUUACCAAUGAUGAAUGAUGAUCCAUUAUGUGUAUCAACAGUUUUAACUGGUGAUGUUUUUCUUGAUUUAUUAUUUAUUAUACAAAUGGAUAAUGUUGGUUUUGAAAUAUUUAUACCAAAUGAAUCAAAACGUUAUUCAUUAGGUUAUUGUGCAUUUAUAAAAUCAUAUUUUUCAUUUGAAAAAUAUUCAAAUAAUAAUCAAGUACUUGAUUUAACAUGUACAUCAAUUAAAUUAAAUGAUACAAGAAAUGAAAAUAAUAAUCAAUUUCGUGAUAUACUUACAUCAUCAUCAACAAUGUCAACAAGUAAAAGUAAUAUGCAAUUAGAAAUACAUUUAUUAUCAACUAAAACUGAUGAUAAAUAUACAAUUGUUUUAAAUCAUACAAGAAUAUUAUUUAUUAUUGAUUGGUUACUUAAAUUAAAUGAUUUUCUUAAUUCAUUUCAACAUAUUCCAAUGCAAACAAAUUCAAUAAUAUCAUCGACAUUAAUUCAAACAAAAAAAAAUUUUGAAUUACGUUUAAAUUUUAAUCAAUCUGAACUUGUUCUUGUUCAAACAACAAAUAAUCAACAAUCAAAUGCACUUGUUUUAAGUGGUAUUAUGAUAUUAACAUAUAGAGAAGCUAUGUGUAAACAUCCAUUAGAUUGUAAUCUAUUUAAUGUUACCUUAUUUUCAUGUCAAAUGAAUAAUAUACAAUCAACAGCUGUAUCUAUUAUUGAACCAAUUAAUAUAACAUUUAAUAUACAUUUAUCAAAAAAUAAAGAUCAACAUAUAUUUGAAGUUAAUUUACCACAAUUAUUUAUACGUUUAUCAUAUUCUGAUGUUAAAUUAAUGUUAUAUAUGUUUCAAUCAAUUAAAAAACAAAUUGAUCAUGCACAAUCUCGUGAUAUAAUACCAAAAUAUAGAAUAAAUCAAUUAAUACAACAUUCAUCGAGUGUUAAUAAUAAUGAUCUUUUAACAGAUUUAUCUUCUGAAGAUAAUCAUGUUGAUUUACGUAUUCGUUCAACUAUAUUAUCAAAUAUUGAAAAACAACAAAAUUCAAUUGAAGAAAUAAAUAAUGAAAAAACAUCAAAAAUAUUUUUAAAUGUUCAUUCUAUAAAAUUUUCAUGUGAUCAAAUAAGUCUUUGUUUAAUUGAUGAUUGUCUUAAUGCAAAUAUUCCAUUAUUAAAUUUAAAUUUAACAGCAAUUAAAUUAAAUAUAAUUGAAUAUGAAACAUAUCGUUUUCAACAAGCAGAUUUUCAAUUAAAUAUUGAUUAUUAUAAUCGUUUACUAUCUGGUUAUGAACCAUUUAUUGAAUUAUGGCCAUUACAAAUGAGUUUAAAAACUUCUAAUAUAUCAAAAACAUUAUCAAUAUGUUCAAAUCAUUUAUUAAAUAUAAAUUAUACAAAAACAAUGCAUCAAUUAUUUGAUUUAGUUAAAAAUAAUUGGCUUGAAGAUUAUUAUCAUACAAAUGAUAUAAAUAAAGAAACAAUGUAUUUUCGUCGACCAAAACCAUUUGAACCAUAUUGUUUUAAAAAUCUUAUUGGACAACGUGUAAAAUUUCGUACAUGGUUAUCAUUACAACAACGUUUUGAUUUAAAUGAUCAUAUUAUUGAAUAUAAUGAAACAAAAUCAUUUAUAUUUCCAAUUGAAUCAUCAACAACAAAAAAAAAUAUUAAUAAUAAAGAAUUACAAUUAUCAUCAUCAUCAUCAUCAUAUUCUGAUCGACGUUUAUUAAUAUCAAUUGAAGGUUGGGAAUGGUUACAACCUAUAUCAAUUGAUCGUGUUGGAACUUUUUUUCGACUUGCUUUACCAUUAGGUGAUCAAUUGAAAAAACCUGUACUUGUUUUUAUUGAUGUUACAAUGACAGAGAGUUCAAUGCGUUUAAUAACAAUUCGUUCAUCUAUUGAAAUACGUAAUCAAUUAUUAACAUCAAUUGAUAUUCGAUUAAAAUGUGGUUCAGGUUCAUUACAUGAUAUUCGUUUAGAACCAAAUGAAAUUCGUUCAUUACCUUUACAAUUUUGUCCAACAUUAAGACAAUUUCAAGUACGUCCAGCUGAUUUUACAUUUAAUUAUUGUGCUGAACCUAUUAAUUGGAUGGAAAUUGCCGAUGAACAAAGACGAAGAGGAAAACAAAAUGAUGAAAGUAAUGAUAAAUCUUCAACAAUGGAGACAAAUUCCUUACAACGUCAUCGUGAUAUAAAUUCGACUGAUCGUCGAUCAUUUUUUUGUACAUGUACAAUGGUCGGAAAUGAUACACUUCACUAUAUAUGUAUACAAUCAAAACGAACUCGUUUAUUAGCAUAUAAAGAUCAUGUUCUAUCAUCAUAUCAAAUAUCUAUACUUCCACCAUUAGUUAUUAGUAAUUUACUUCCAUGUGAUUUAUUUUUUCAAAUAUAUCCAUAUCCACAAAAAAUUCGACUCAGUCCGUAUGAAUCACAUCGUGAAUAUGCAUUAAAUAUUGGCGAUGCUAUUGAUUUACUUUUUGCUACAGAUCUUUUUCAUAUGAUUAAACCAUUACGUGUACCAUCAAUAAAUGAUUUAAAUCUUAUGAGAUAUCAUCAUCAACGAAUAGGUUUUUAUGAUAGUAUUGAUCGAUUGUUAUUAGUCGAUGUUACUAUUGUUUGUUCUAUUCGACAUCGUCUAAAAAUAUCAGUUUCUGUUCCAUAUGUUUUACUCAAUAAGAGUGGUAUCCCAUUAAUUUUUAAACAAGAAGGUUCAUCGAAUGAAACAGCUGGUCAAACUCAUGAACAUGAAUUAGCUCGAAAUCGUGAACCGUUAUUAUUUUCAUUUAGUGAUCAAGAAGCUUUUCAUGCAUGUGUAAUGAAAGUUGGUUCAGGUUUACAUAAAAAUGAUGAUGGUCGUCCAAUAUGGUCACAACAUUUUACUUUAGAACAUGGUUCAAGUUAUCGUCAAUUACAUGUUCGUUCUCCUCAUGGUUCACCUGAUUGGAUUUAUUAUAUUGGUAUUGAUAUUCGUCAAGGCAAAGGACGUUUACGUCGAACAAAUUUCAUUUUUCUUAGUACACGAUAUAUGAUUAGUAAUCAAUGUUCAUAUGAUUUAUCCAUUGCUCAACGACAUAUUGUUCGAGCUAUGUUACAAACUGGUGAUCAUAGUGAUUUAGAACAAAAUUGUUUACAUGUAUUAAAACAUUCGAGUGUUGCUUAUCAUUGGCCAAGAAGUGAUCUUGAUCAAUUGUUAUGUGUUCGUGUUAUUAAUAAUCGUCAAUAUAAACAUGUUUAUUGGUCCGGUGGUAUUCCUAUUAAUCAUGUUAAUGCAUUUCAUAUUAAUCUAAGAUAUGAUAAUAAUCAAUGUUUAAUAUUAAGAGUACAAGUAAUUGAACGUGGUGGUACAUUUUUUGUUGUUUUUAUGGAUUCUAAUCAAAUGCCAGCACCUCUUCGUAUUAAAAAUCUUUCUGAUGUUCCUAUACAAUUUUAUCAGAGUGAAACACGAGAAGAAUUAACCUAUUUACGUGCAUUUAUUCAACCACAUCAAACAAUAGAUUAUGCUUGGGAUGAACCAACACUUCAACAAACAAUAACAUGCUCUGUUGUUGGUGGUACAAAAGAAACUUAUGAUUUACAAAAACUUGGUCAUGGAGAAAAUUUAUGUUAUGAAAAUCAUAUAUGUUUAGCAUUUGAACAAACAUUUAAUGAAGGACAAAUAAUACAAUAUCAAUCAAAACAUUCUUCACAAAAAUCUAAAUCAAUUAAUGAUCGACAUACAUUUCAUUUAUUAAAUCAACAACAACUUGUUAUUGAUUAUAUUCAAGGUAAAUUAGUACUUUCACAACGUGAAGAAAAUAAACGUUCACAAUUAUGGCGUAUGACAAGUAGAGGUAUAUUAGUACAUACAGGUUCAUCAUCACCACGUGAUUGGAAUAAUAAAAAUGAUGUAUCGGAUGAUAUACGAAAUUCAUUUGUGUUAGAUAUUGAAGAAACUUCUGCAACUAAUUUAAAGAAUGUUCAUUCUAUGACACGUUCUAUACGUUUAACUAUUCGACGAUAUGAUCUUAAACGAAUAUUAACACAAACAUGGACAUUUACAGAUGAUGGAUAUCUAUGUAUGGGAGAAACGCAAAUGUGUGUACAAGUAUUUGGUGAAUUAAAAGAAAAAAGUGAAGUAGUACUUGGACCACGUCGUUUUAAUGAUCAAGGUGUUAUACUUCCACCAUUACCAACAAUGUAUAUUCGACCACGUCGACGUUUACAAGGUUCAGGUCUUUUAUCUGUACAAACAUAUGCUGAUGGUCCAACACGUAUACUUGAAAUAGCUAAUGUUAAAACAACUAAUUUAUCCGAUAAUCUCAAAUUAGAAACAUUAUCAUCAACAACAGAUACGACAUCACUAACAACUGCUGAUAAUAUUGCAUCCAUGACUUAUCGUUUUGAUCUUCGCCUUGAAAGUGGUAUCGGUCUAUCAAUAAUUAGUUCUAUGGGUCGUGAAUCUGAAGAACUUGUUUUUAUGAUAUUUAAUGAUAUUAAUCUUGUAUGUAAAGAUGAUAAUAAUCAACAAUCCAUUGAUUGUACGAUUGGUACAAUAGUUAUUUCAAAUCAAUUAUUAAUGACAUCAACACCAUGUUUACUUUAUGCACCUUAUGUUGAAGAUACAUCUAUACGAGCAGCUUUUUGUUUACAAGCAAGUUUACAAAAACCAAGUGCUAAUUAUAAGUAA